AAAGUAUAGUUUUCAGCAAUCAUCAUCCUAUCAAUCAUGGCAUCACAGUUAGAAGGAUUUGUGAAUUCCGUAGUUUCUCUCUCAACAGACGGUAAUUAUGCUCAGCUUUGUGAGGAGGUGACCAAAUGUUUGGAGUUAUUGAGGAAGAAUGCAGCUUACCUGGAUACAGUGUUAGAGACCUUGGAUCCACAGCUUCAUUCUAUAGGAGUCUUGGCCAUCCUUAAUGUUAAAUUUCAAGCAGCCUCAUCUCCAUCAGCGACUGAGUUUGAGACGCUCUUCUCACAGACCCAACUUUUCUUUUCAACAUGUAAUGGGGAGCAAGUCAGGUUCACGACAGAAAGUUAUGCAUCUCUUGCACACCAUCUUACCAAGGGUUUAAUCCAGAGAAACCAAGCUAUCCGUGGUAUCACCAUCUUACGUAGUGCCAUCUCAAGGAUCCAGAUACAUCCUGGUCAGCUGACGUCAAUACAUGCAGACCUCUGUCAGCUCUGUCUAAAAGCCAAAUGUAUGAAGCCUGCAUUACCAGUUCUUGACUCAGACAUAACAGAAAUUAGCAAAGAGGGAGGCCACUUUGACUCAACACAUUUCUUGUGCUACUAUUACUAUGGUGGUAUGAUCUACACAGCACUCAAGAACUGGGACAGAGCUGGAUACUUCUUUGAAGUGGCAAUCACAACUCCCUCUAUGGCUGUGAGUCACAUCAUGUUAGAAGCAUACAAGAAGUUCAUCCUAGUCUGUCUAAUUCAACAUGGCAAGGUUCCUAACCUACCCAAGUACACAUCUCAAGUAGUCAACAGAUUCAUCAAGCCACUUAGCCAGCUUUACCAAGAGAUUGCCAAUUCCUACGCUACAAACAACCCAUCAGAUGUUAGUAGUGUUCUAGAAAAACAUUCUGAUCAGCUAAAUAGAGAUCAGAAUAUGGGACUUGGCAAACAGGUUGUGUCAUCGCUUUAUCGAAAGAACAUCCAGAGACUCACAAAAACCUUCCUCACAUUAUCUCUGAGUGACAUUGCCAGGAGAGUUCACCUACACACAUCACAAGAGGCUGAACAGUAUGUCAGAAAUAUGAUUGAGGAUGGUGAGAUCCAUGCGACAAUCAGCAAACAGAAUGGAAUGGUUCAUUUCCAUGACAACCCAGAGAAAUAUGAUAAUCCUGCAGUACUUAGACAUGUUGAGCAACAGAUGCAGCAUUGUAUCAGUCUAGAUGAGAAGUUAAAGAGUAUGGAUCAAGAGAUAGCUGUUAAUCCACAAUAUGUACAGAAGAGCAUGGGAGUACGGGAAGAUGAUGAAGUGGGCGGAGUCUUUGGAGCAAAAUAGGACUGACUGUAUAGCUGAAUGUACAUACUCAUUGUUGAUUGGUUAACUGUAGCAAACAGGGGAGAGGGAACGGCAAAUUAUAUUUAUGUAUACUGUGUAUAAAAACCCAUUUCUCUUCAAACAUGUCGUAUUGCAAGCCUGCAUGCUAUUGUUUCAUUUUGUACUGUUUUAUUUUGUCUAAAGACAUGUAUACAUUUGAACUUAUCAAGUGAUUCAAGAUUUCAUUGUGCAGAGUACAAAUAUGCAUUCAUAAGACAUUUUAAAGACCUCUGCACAUUUGUUCAUGUAUUUGCUUGAUAUACUGAUCUGGGUGACUUGCCAGUCAUGCGAGAUGGCGUCCAUGUUUGUGAAAUUUUGUGGAGCGUUGUGGCCCAGUGGAUAAGUCUUCUGACUUUGAAACAGAGGUUCGUGGGUUCAAAUCCCAG